CUCUUUCUUUUUACUCACUGAGUCUCAGUAAGGAGCUGCUGCUGCUGAGCUCUUCCGAGCUGAAUCUGAGCUGAACCAGGCUCCGGUCAGGUCGCCUCAGCCACCCCGCUACUGGAGCAACCAUGGCCGGGGCCAAGCCGGGAGUACACGCGCUACAGCUCAAGCCCGUGGUCGUCCACGAAGUGCUCAAAAGGGGAAGCAAGUUCAUCAAAUGGGACGAGGAGCCCAGCAGUGGUCAGCCGACAUUAGUCACCCUGAAGGUGGACCCUUAUGGAUUCUUCCUCUACUGGUCGGGUGGAGGGAACAUGGAGGUGGAGAUUGUGGACAUCAGCCAUAUCAGGGACACCAGAACAGGGAAGUUUGCCAAGUUACCAAAGGCCCUAACAGUGCGAGAAUUGCUGGGCUUUGGGAAAGGUGAGGGGAAUGUGGAGGGCAAGCUGGUGACGGUUGUCCAUGGCAACGACCUGGUCAACAUCUCCUUCCUCAACUUCCAGGCUAUGCAGGAGGACAUUGCCAAGGUGUGGACCGAGGAGCUGUUUAAACUUGCUACAAACAUACUCUCCCAAAACAGCUCACGCAAUACCUUCUUACUCAAAGCAUACACCAAGCUAACUCUGCAGGUGACCCAAGAUGGGAAAAUCCCAGUAAAGAAUAUUCUGAAGAUGUUCUCUGACAAGAGACGAGUGGAGUCAGCUUUGGAGCAAUGUGGUCUUGUGGCUAAUAGGGCAGACGGAGUUAAGCUGGACGACUUCACAUGGGACAAGUUCCAGAGCUUUCUAAACAACCUGUGUAUGAGGCCUGAGAUUGACCGCAUCUUCCUGGAGCUUGGCUCUAAAGGGAAGCCCUUCCUGUCUCUGGAUCAGAUGUUAGACUUCAUCAACCGUAGGCAAAGAGACUCGCGGCUGAACGAGGUGUUGUACCCUCCCCUCAAACGAGAACAGGUCCGACAGCUCAUGGAGAAAUACGAAAGCAACCCCAGCCAACUGGAGAGAGAUCAGAUCUCUCUCAUGACGUUCAGUAAAUAUCUGGGAGGAGAAGAAAACGCAGUGGUUCCUCCUGAGCGCUUUGACGUAAUGGACGACAUGAACCAGCCGCUGUCUCACUAUUUUAUCAAUUCUUCACACAACACUUACCUCACAGUGGGCCAGUUGACAGGGCCGUCCUCAGUAGAGAUGUACAGGCAGGUGCUGCUGACAGGCUGCCGCUGUAUUGAGCUGGACUGCUGGAAGGGCCGUCCACCUGACGAAGAGCCAAUCAUCACACACGGCUUCACAAUGACAACAGAAAUCCCCUUUAAGGAGGUGAUUGAGGCCAUAGCUGAGAGUGCCUUUAAAACAUCCCCCUACCCCGUCAUCCUCUCCUUCGAGAAUCAUGUUGAUUCCACGCGGCAACAGGCUAAGAUGGCGGAGUACUGCCGCUCCAUAUUUGGUGAUGCGUUGCUCAUUGAUCCAUUAGAGAAAUACCCGCUGGUCCCAGGUCAGCAGUUGCCGAGUCCACAGGAACUGAUGGGAAAGAUCCUUAUCAAGAACAAGAAGAAGCAUCAUCAUCAUCACCACCAGGCAACUAACGGAGGUAGCGUCAGGCGCAAAGCAGGAGAUGGAGCGGAAGAUCAAGCCUCACCUCUGAACGAUUGUCCGCUGAAUGAGGGGGAAGCCAGCCAGAUCAUUUCCAAUGGGGGUGAGAAGCUGGCAGAGAGAAUGAGCAAAGACAGCGAUAUCCGCAAAUCCAUUGAUCGGGGUGAUGGAGAGAGUGAAGAAGAGGAGGAGGAAGAACCUGUGGCAGACCCCAAAAAACACCACUCCGAUGAGGGAACAGCCUACAGUGAAGUCAACGCUACAGAAGAGAUGUCCACAUUGGUUAACUACAUUGAACCAGUCAAAUUCAAAUCCUUUGAGCUGGCAGCCAAGAGGAACAAGUAUUUUGAAAUGUCCUCGUUUGUGGAGACCAAGGGCAUGGACUCGCUGAAGAAUAACCCCAUUGAAUUUGUGGAAUACAAUAAGAAGCAGUUGAGUCGGAUCUAUCCUAAAGGCACACGGGUGGAAUCCAGUAACUACAUGCCUCAGCUCUUCUGGAACGUGGGUUGCCAGAUGGUGGCGCUCAACUUUCAGACACUAGAUUUGCCUAUGCAGCUGAACCUAAGUGUUUUUGAGUAUAACGGCCACAGUGGCUAUCUGCUGAAGCCAGAAUUCAUGAGACGGACAGAUAAACACUUUGACCCCUUCACUGAGAAUAUAGUGGAUGGCAUCGUGGCCAACACGGUCAAGAUCAAGAUUGUGUCAGGUCAGUUUCUGACUGAUAAGAAGGUGGGUGUAUAUGUUGAAGUGGAUAUGUUUGGACUGCCGGCCGACACCAAGAGAAAGUUCCGCACCAAAACAUCCAACAACAACUCCAUGGACCCAGUGUGGGAUGAGGAGGCCUUCGUCUUUAGUAAAGUGGUGCUGCCUACACUGGCUUCGCUGAGGGUCGCUCUCUUUGAGGAGAACGGAAAGUUUAUUGGGCAUCGUAUCUUACCAGUAGUGGCUUUACGCCCAGGAUACCAUUAUAUUAAUCUGAAGAAUGACCUUAACCAGCCGCUCCUGCUAGCCUCUCUCCUGGUGUACACUGAAGUUAUGGACUACAUCCCAGACGAACACCAAGGUUAUGCUGAUGCCCUGACCAAUCCAAUCAAGCAUGUGCUGGAUCAGAGAGAGAGGCAGCUGGCCGUGUUUAUGGAGGACAAUAACGAUGGUAAUAAGAGAGUACAGCAGGAUGAAGGAGAGAAGCCCGAGCCCCGUCCUGUGGCUGUUGUUGACUUCCCAAGUUUACCCUCUCCUACCCCUCCUCCAGUAGAACCUGAGAUACCUGUUCCUGCACCAGUGAAAGAAGACCUGGUCCUCAGUAUAUUAACAGUGAUAGAGCCUCAGUCUAUAGAGCAGCUCAAGCAGCACAAGUCCUACGAGAAAUUGCUGAAGAAACAGAACAAAGAACUGAAGGAGCUGCGCAAGAAGCACCUGAAGAAAGUUUGGGCUCUCAGCAAAGAGCAAAAGACGAGGUCUAAUCAGCUGAACUCCGACAUCCAGAGACGUAAGAGUCAGGUGGAGAAGAAGCUCCGCCUCAGCGUGAAGAAAAAUGAGCCAGAAGGGCCGGUUCGGACUGAGCUGAAUGAGCUGGUGGUGGAGUUGGAGAAGCAGACGGUGCAGCUGAGAGAGUGGCAGAUGCAGGAACUACUGGAACUCCGCAAAAAGCAGUACCAGCUGGAGAAAGAGAAGAAAUUCAUUCACCUUGGAGAGUCAUAUCAGAAACUAAAAGAAGUUGCCCAGGAAUGCCAGGCUGUCCAAAUCAAGAAACUCAAGGAGAUAUGUGACAAAGAGAAGAAGGAGUUGCAGAAGAUCUUAGACAGAAAAAGGCAGAACAGCAUCAUUGAGGCGAGGAAGGGAGACAAAGAGAAGGCGGAGUCGGAACAGAAUGAGAUCAAUAGGAAGCACAUCCAAGAUUCAGUGAACUCGUACCGCAGGUUGGAUGAGUCUCAGAACAAGCGUCAGGAUAAGCUAAAGGUCCAGCAGAAAGACAUCUUACAGAAAAUAGAGGAAGAGGAACCCAUGCACCGGUUGCGUUUAGAGCGAGAGUGCGAAGCUGAGCUCCAGCGGUUGCCCGAAGAGAUCUGUCGUUACUUAAAGGGAGAGCUAGACAGCAAAGGCCUGCGCAGCGACGCCCUCUGCAGCCAGCUGCUCAAUCACACCAGCUCUGGCUCAGGCUCAACCUCCAACUGCAGCUCUCCACUUCUCUCCUCGCCCAAUCACAGCAAUAGCCUCAGCCUGGACAAUAGCACCACUUCAGUGGGGGAUUCCUCCUCAUCUGGCACGCCAGUCACUUCAGAGGCAGAGCUGACAGCUGUGUAACUCCAGUCAGCACUUCGAUUAUUACUUACUUACUUACUCUUCCCCCUACACCCUUCCCUUCAUCGCACCUUUCUCACUGGAUUAUGAUGGUAGAACUAGUAUUACUGAAAGUUGUGUAAAUGUUUUUUUAAGGAUUUCAGUUAUUUUUUACUGUUUUGUCAUUCAUAAAUUCCACACGCCUUCUCCAGCUGAGUUUUUCUAGCUGCGCUUCAGCUUGAGGUCUGCGACUUUUUCUUUUUGUAAUUUUUCUUUAAAAUUGCAAAUUUUUCUUUUAACCAAAGUUUUUAGCCAAACUUUUUAGCCAAAAAAAAAUGUAUCUGAUUGUUCUUUAAGCUUUAAAUAUUUGGGCAGGCAUGGGUGCCAGUGCAUGUCUGUCACGGUCAUGCACCUGUGGAAAGGAGGGGAUUUUUUUUCUUGUUUUUAAUAGAGAGAAUCUUUAUUUAUUUAUGUGGAAUGUGUGAAUGGGAGGGUGUGAGGUUAGAGUGUAGUACUCUGAGUUGUCCUGCAGGUGGCAGUGUAGCUUUAGCAGUAGAGUAGGUUAGUUGUAAGUGUGUAAUGCAAACGCAGGGCUAGUAGUGCUUAAUCUGAAAGGUACUUGUUUACAUAAUAAUGCACAGAUGGGCAAUCCUAUAAGCCACCAACUCCUCGUCCCCACAGGACAAUAAAGUUAAUUCUCACUACAUAUAUAUUUCUCUAGCAGGAAAAAAACAUAAUAGUGUGAGGUAUGCUGCACGUUUGCGUGUGUAUAUAUAAUAUAUUUAUAGUAGGUGUGUGUGUGUGAGGGGUUGGGAGGCAGAGAUAUUCUUUUAUAGAGAUGAUUAUGUUCAAUUUUCUCUUUCCAUUUCUGAACAAUGCAUUCUGCUUAUUCUGGACUGAACAUCUCAGCUGAUUAGACCAAAUUGAUUUGCCCACAUAUAUUAUAUAUUACACCCCGCCCCCUCCUCCCUUUCCCAAUCUCCCUAUAUCCCAAUCUCCCUAUUUCCGUCUCUAUCUCUCCAUCUGUGGUGUGGCUUAAUCUAAUCCCUGCUCUAUAAUUCUGUGUAAUUGGUGUGGAUAUCCCAUGCACUGCACUUCCUCAAAACCACUACUACUACUACUACUGUUCAGGAAACACACUUGUAUGUAUGUUCUGCAUUUUUUUCUGCAUCAUUCUGUAUUUCUACACAAUAGCAAACAGUUUUAAUAUAAUCACGUUCCAGAACGAUUCCCAACCCUUGGAGGGAUGUGCCAAAAUCUGGCCCACAAACGGAGAGAAAGCGAGUACAUAAAAAAAGGCCCGUGGCAUCUAGAGGUCAGGUCUACUCAGUCUCAUAACCCUGUUACGUAAUACCCAGGAAAACUGCAGAAUAUGAGCUGAGCACCCUUGGGUUUAUUUUAGCGCCAGCUGAUUUUAUUCAAGGUGUCAUUUUGGAGAUUCAGGUUUGGGCAUUCAGAUCACAAGGAUGUGUGCUAUUUUUCUGUAAUCUUUAUAAAAAAUGGCUGAUUUGCUUCAUUUUACUGUCAUUUUUAAGUCGUCUUAAAUAUUAUUAUGCUCAUAUUAUUUUUUUAUAUAAUGUGAUUUUUUUCCAUUCACAUUUACCACCGUGUUAUUUGCCCAUGGUUUUCUAUCUCCUAUCAUUUUCUUCGUCCUUCCUUGUUCUUUUUUCAGACCCUCCUUGUUUUUUUUGUAUAGAUUGAGUCAGCGGCCCCCUACUCAGGUUGAGCAGCUCUGAGUUAAAAUCGUGGAUGUGGUAUGACGUGCAUGCAGUGCACACACACUCACAGUACGAGUACAGUGCUGGUGAGCUGUUCCAACUGAGACCUGCACUUAGUCCAGUGUAGCAAAAGCAAAAAUGUAAAAAAAGCUCACAAAAAGCACAGCUCCUACACUAAUGAGAUGCUGUACUGCAAGCCACACUUUCAAUACUAUUGGCACUAUUAGAGCACUAUUGAAGUACUAUUGGAGCAGAGCUACCUUAUUGCGCAUUAUUUGAGUCAGUUAUUUGGCCCAUUUGAUCGCAUAGGCUAAUCAUUGUGGGCUGAAUGCUAAUGAUGCAGUUCUAUUGAGAUUCAUAAUAAUAAUAGAGGAUAGUUCACAGGAUAGUUCUCAAGUUAGCUCAGAUCAAGUAACGCAACCAGAAGGCUGUGGGUUCAAAUCUCUAAGAGGAAGUCCUACAGGGCCGUGCUGUAUGUAUAACUGCUACUGUAACUAUUGUACAGAAGGUAGCCGUGUGUGUGUCUGUGGUUGUAGGCCGUGUGUGUGUGUGAAUGAAUGUAUGAGGUUGCAUCUCUUUUUAAAGAGUGUUCCUUAAACUCUUAAAGUCAGCCCAAAGUACGUAUAUACUAUAUGUUGUAAAUGUGUUGGUUUGUGUGUGUGUGGUUUUCAAAGCUUUAAAAGCCUAUUGAAAGAGGAGAAAUGGUACUUUACUGUAAAAUGCUGUCUCAUAAAUGUUCGAGGAUGAUUAUUUGUGUUGUUCAUGUUGAUCCUGUCCUUUAAUUUGUGUAUAUGAUAUGAUAUGGGUUUUACAUAUCACAGUGUAUAAACAUUAGUGUAAUAUCAGAUAUCAGUGGUUUCAGUAUAGCUCAUGUUAUUCAUGCAUAUGUAAUUUUUUAUGUUAAUUUUACUACUGACUUGGGCCGAAACUUACUUGACGCAAGGACGCGAAGAGCAGGCGCUUCGAGCAAUACUGCGUUGACUGGCUUUCACACGAGUGUGAAAAAAAUGCUACGUUCACAAAUGUGCCGAUUUGUCCUGUAAGUUUUUCACCACCACAGUAAGGUAAUGUAAUAACGCGUGUUGAGUUUGAUGUACAGCAGGGCUGUGCGUUUGUACUUGCACAGCGCUGGUCGGGCAUUGGCAGUGCGUUAAGGUCCUUGGGCCAGAGGUGAAGUUGAGGGUCAUGUCUGGGUGUGUUUUUAUGCUUUUAUUUUAAUUUUUUAAUUUUUAGUUUUUAUUUCUGAGAUAUUCACAUUUCAGAUAUUUUACAUUUAUUUGGAGGCUUGCCUUCUAAAAAAUGUCCACAGGGCACACACACACACACACGCACACACACACUGAUCCCCCUCAACAAGCCCCUCAAACUGUCAUCUGCUGCCUAUUGUUCAUUUUACAUUACUGAUAAGACAAAUCUUUGGCCUUGUAAAAAACUAAUUUUCACUUCUGAAGAUCUGAAGUUAAAGCACAGUUAAUGCUUUAAUCCUUUAAAUUGGUGUUAAAAAAAGUCCUCACUUUGAUGGCUGUGAUGGUGAUUUAUGGGGACCUGAUUAAAGCAAAGUGAGGACCUAAUGUUUUUUUUUUUAUAUAUAUAUAUAUAAAUCUCUCCCUAAAUCAUUCAUAAUAUAUAUAUAUAUAUAUAUAUAUAUUUACACACACCCUUUUACCAUGUCGGUUAUGUACGUACGCUCUUACAUAGUUUGAGUUUUACCAUUGGUGCACUUUUACUUUUUGUUUUUUGUUUUUAACGUUUAUGUAUAGGGAAGAAAUUAUGAGCAGAUUUUUUUUAUAUAUAUCUAUCUCUUUAGAUCCAGUCUGACAUAGAUGAUGGUACAGUAUGUAGUUUCAUUAAGUGAAAGCAGGCAUUUGAGUAAUACUUUUUGACCAAUGAUUAUUCCUUCCUAAAGGGAGAGCAGGGGUUGUUAGCUCGACUUAACGAGAAUAAUACUUUGGAUUUCCUUGUAUUUGCGAUGAAACAUGGGCUUGAAGGGAGAAUGAAUACUUUCCCAAGGGCUAAUUCUGUUCUGCCUCGAGUCACACUGCAUUAACCAAGCACAUGGGAUUUGCAUCUGUUUCUUUCUGUUCGUUUUGUUCUCGCGCUCUCAUUUCCUUUUCCUUUCUUACUGAAACACUGUAUGUAGAGAAAGUACUGGUCUGCCUUGUGAAAGGGAAAAAAUAUUACUCUGGAUGUAAUUUUUAUUGUCUUGAUAAAUGAUAUAUGUAACUGUACAUUCAAUAAAUGCAGAAUUUUGUCAAAAAUCGUA